AUGUCCAGCAGCGUGUGUCACGCGCCUUUACCUACGCGUAUGGAGGCAUUCACCACGCGGCUUUGCCUCAGAGCCGUCGAUCAGUAUGAACGACUUCUCCAGGCCCACUUCAACAAGCCAUCGUCCAAGGAGUCCCACGUCAACCAUGAGCCUAAUUCGCGAAAGGACCAAAGGCGCCGGAAAGAUGUCCUGGGGUCGAACUCUUCGGUGGGUACUUUUCGUCAAUGGCGACGAAGUGCUUCCGCCGGCAACAGGUCGAGCAACAACAACGAUUCCAAUUCCGCUGCCAUCGCUAGAAUCUCCAAUGAUCCUGCUACCAUUCAGAAGAUGGAACAAUUCCCUCUGGUGCUGUCGGACACUUCGGUGCCGGAGGAGGACCUGUCCCUCAAAUUCCUUGCGUUGAACGCUUUGGACCUCACCGCCCCAGCCAGCGACGUGUUGCUGAAGAACAGGCUAAAGUCGUGGUUCCAGCUUUCUGGACACCCCGAUGGUUUCGCCCCGGCAGGACCUGGCACCGUCUGGAAAAGGAGGUCCGGAGGGUCGGAAAACACCGAGAGACUCGUAUACGAAACCUUGAGCAAGGACGAAACGAUGCGCGACUACAUCCCCAGGUAUUACCGCGAGGUGGAGUACAAGGGCGACACCUUCAUAGAGCUGCAGGACCUGCUCUUCGGGUUCAGCGAUCCGCACGUGAUGGACAUCAAAAUGGGCACGAGGACGUUCCUUGAAUCCGAGGUUUCCAAGACCACUGCCAGGCCCGAUCUCUAUCAGAAGAUGGUGGCCGUUGAUCCGAAUGCACCCACUGCUCAGGAACGCGAACAAAAGGCCGUGACCAAGCUGAGGUACAUGCAGUUCAGGGAACAGCAGAGCUCAACCUGCAGUCAGGGGUUUAGGAUCGAAGCUAUGAAAUUACCCGGGGCUCCGCCUAUCACCGAUCUCAAGAGGGUCAAAUCCCACGAGGAAGUCCUCGCCACGAUGGCUCUCUUCCUGGGGGACAAGGAGGACAUCAGACUCAAGCUUCUCGAGCGACUCAAGGACCUCAGGACCAAGAUCGAGGAAUCCAGAUACUUUCAAACGCACGAGGUAAUCGGUAGCAGUAUUUUUAUGAUCUACGACAAUAACAAAGUUGGCGUCUGGUUGAUAGACUUCGCGAAGACUUACGAAGUUCCGGAGAAUCAGAAGUUGACGCACAGAAGACCUUGGGAACAGGGGAAUCACGAGGAAGGCUUUCUCCUUGGACUAGAUAACUUAAUUCUGACGAUCGAGAAAGCGAACAUUGCCUUGUGA